GUGUGUGUGUGUGUGUUUGAGCAGGGUGUGUGCUCGAGUAGAGAGGGACAAGGUCAGAGAGCGAGAGGCACAGAGGAAGAGAUGCUGCACCUGUGCACGAUCACCUGAGGAGAACUACAAUAAAAAGUCAAACACAAAGAGAGGAUCACAAAGAGACGGUAAACAUGGAGCUGCAGUCCCACAUCUGAGAGAACCUGCUUCAGCCGGCUCGUUGUCAACAAGGUCCGUCCUCCGGUCUCUGUUGGUGCCAUGGCCGAACCAAGCUGGUGGAAGCUGACCUUCUCCCGCAAGAAGAAGUCCGAGUCCAAGGUUCUGUACGAGAUCCCGGCCGAGUACGGCAUCAACACCGGGAACAAAGAGCACUCGAGCAAUAACCCCCCCGCAGACCACACGGACAGCCAGUUCAACGCCAGAUUGGAGAAGAUCGUGGACAAAUCUGCCACCAAGGGCCGCCAUGUCAAGGUGUCCCACUCCGGCCGCUUCAAGGAGAAGAAGAGGGUCCGCGCCACGCUGGCCGAGAACCCCAGUCUGUUCUCAGAGCACAGCCUCAGCGACGAGAACCACAAAAAGAAGACUGACAAAUAAGUGCACCUGCGACCAAAAGGCUCAUACUUGAUCACAACCGUGUCAUAUGUCCGUGUGUCACUUCGGACGAAGGCUAAACACAACCACGUCGCUCCACAUGUACAAGGUGGACAAUCACUUGUUAGCAGGCACCACACCCAGGUAGAUACUGUUACCAAUGGACUCACACCUAAACAAACAGGUGGUAUCAGCAGACGACCAUUAAACAUUCACAGAGCGGAGCGGAGGAGAAACACUUUCCUUUGGAUUGAAAUCAGAAAUGUACGUGUCAUGAAGGAGAAGAAGGAAAACUCUGCCCGAGCAGCGUCAUGAUUAUUAAACAUUAUUGUAAUUCAUGUUUUCAUCUUUUGUGUUUGUAGAGUUUUGGAUUGUAAGUUAAUUUUUUUAUGUCCAAUAUUCAAUCAGUGACGUGUGUGUGUGUCUGUGUGUGUGUCUGUGUUGUGCAACCAAAGCACUGGAAAUUUUUAUUACGUUUUUGAGACUUGAUUUCAACAACUGGAAUCCGCAAGAAGAAAAUAACGUGUUUUGUUUUUAAUAAACGUGUCUGGAUGCGUUAAUACGAAA